AUGUCGCAAGCGGUUAAGAGGGCCUGCGAUGCCUGCCAUCGUCGCAAGGUCAAGUGUGACGGAAUUAACCCUUGCCGCAACUGUUCUUCCGCUCAGCUUUCUUGCACAUAUAAUGCUAUUCCACAAAAGAAGGGCCCCAAGGGCUCACGAGCCAAGGUUAUCAGUGAACUGCGGGAGACGCAACGCCAGACCAGCCUGUCGGCCAAGGUACAAAAUCGAAUGAAUGGAAUCGCUUGUCCGCCCACUGCCUCGAGCUUGGCUCCAACUCCCGGACUCCUCACCAGCGAACUUGUCAAGGAGUGCGCACAGUUCUUCUUUGACAACCUCUAUCCACAGGCUCCCAUUCUCGACCGAAGACAAGUUGAACAGCAGGUUUUGUACAUGGAGCAGAACCGCGAUGCCUACUGCUUAAUGACAUCCCUGUGUGCCUUCAUCAUGCUCCAGCCUGGCAUGUCGAUGCCUGCUGGCGACCCAUACAACUUGGAUAUGGUUCCCGGUGCCAAUAUUGUAUCCAGCCAACUUCUCCUGGAAGAAUGCCUGCGCGUCCGCAAAGGCUACGAGUACCUCGACUCCAUCACCCUGAAUUCGUUGGCCACCAACUUCUUCCUCUUUGGCUGCUUCUAUGGCCAGGAAAUGCACGACAAGGCAUGGUACUAUCUCCGUGAGGCUACGACCAUGAUACAUAUGGCCGGCAUGAACAAGGAAGAACAUUACAUGCAAUUCGAUGCUGCCGAAGCCUCUCGACGCCGCCGCCUUUACUGGCUCUUCUUCUCCGUUGAGAGAGCAUAUGCCAUCCAGCGACAACGCCCCAUUACCCUCCAGGCAACGAUUAAUUUGCCAACGCUGGGCGAUGAUCCCGCUGAUCCCCAGGCACACAUGCUCAACAGCUUCAUUUUGCUGGUUAACAUGUUCCGACCGUUCGACGAUGCUUUUACUGCUACAUGGAAUAAGACUCGAGGCCAGUUUACUUCGCAGUAUGUCAACGGCUUGCAGAAGCAACUUAAUGAGGUUGCACAAUCCUAUGCUUGCCAGGACUCCAAUUUCCAAGAUCUGCACACCAACCAGCAGUGGUUAAAGAGCACAGUGUGGCAGUUGACCAGCGGCGUUGUUAAUGGCAACUCUGACGAUUCCAUCUCCUUCCAAUACCCUAUGAAUAUGUCUCGAGAGUUGCUGGUGAACAUGGCUUCACAAUUCCCUGUUCAGGUGGUUGAUCUCCUUGGUACUGGGCUGAUUGAGAAGCUCAUGGAAAUGUCGUCAUCCAUGACGGAGUAUCUGGCUAUGCAACCUGCUUCACGAGACCCCUUCGCCAUCGGCCCACGUGAGCACUUGAACCAGAUCCUCUCCAUGGUUGCUGUUGCUCGAAACGGCGACUACCGCUUCUUGCCAUUGCUCUUGAACAAGCUUGGUGAAGUCCUCCCACGCAUGACCAACCCCAUGCUCCAGAACGCACCUGAGAACUCCAACUUGGCCAAUAUUGAUAUCUUUGACGGCUUUGGCACCGCUGGAAUGGCACAACCCCCCAGCCAGAUGCAUAUGGCUAUGGACAGCGACUAUGACCGCAAAUUUUCCGUUGAGGAAUACGAGAAGAAGUACGCCAUGGAAAUGAACGGCAACACUCCCGAAUCUGCCACCCACUCCAACCACUCCAACAGCUCCCCAUCCAUUGCUCAACAAGGUUCUGAUAUAGGUGGCUCAUUUGUAAGCUCACCGAGUAUCAUGUCGCCUGGUAUGGAGUAUCCUCACAGUAUGAAUGGUUUCUCCUGUAAUCCGAUGAACGAGAUGGUCAUGAGUCCUAUUGGAAACCCUGGGCAAUCCAAUCCCAUAUCUCAAGGCCAGCAUAUGGGCCAUGAUGGCAUAUCGCAACGAAUGAAUGGAAUAUCCGCACAAAAUAUGCGGCAACAAGGAAUGAACUCGAUGAAUUCUUUAGGCGGUAUGGGCCAAAUACAACAAAGGCAAAGUAGCUUCCAUAUGUCUGGACAAGCACAUAUGGGCGACUUUCAUAACCUCCAGAGAGGGAAUUCAGACGCGAGCAAUUCAAUGGUUGGCAUAAAUACGAUGGGAGCAUAUUAG